AUGACAAGACAAACCAGUUCAGACAAUACAGAGAGUCUAAAAAGUGCAAAAUCAGAAGAACCAAGAGUAGAGUCCUUACCACUCAGAAAGUUUUAUAGCUAUACAAACAAAAAAGAUAAAAUCAUGAUAAUUAUUGGUACAUUGGCUGCUGUUGCAACUGGAAUAUUACUUCCGUGCUUUGCAUUAAUAAUUGGGGACCUUGGAGAAGCUUUUCUUCCUUCAAAUGAGCCUGAUUAUAAAAGAAGAUUAUUAAAAGAAAUAUCAGGCUAAAUGGCACUAUUAGCAGUGGGUACUUGGAUAGCAGGGUACAUCUACUACGCGUUCUGGCAACAUAUUGCCGAAAAUAUUUCAUAUGAUUUAAGACUAAGAUAUUUGAAGGCCCUUCUUUAAUAAGAAGUUGAGUUUCUUGAGUAAAUCAAAAUUUAAACUCUUCCCUCAUAGAUAGGUGAGAAUUUUACUUAAAUUUCAGAAUCUAUUGGAUAGAAGUUAUCAUCAAUUAUAUUUGGAAUCGUAAAUUUAUUGUCGGCAAUAGCAAUAGCGUUUAUUAGUGGGUGUGACUUAGCAGCUAUAUUUUUUUCUGUUUUUCCAGCUAUGUUUAUAAUAAUGGUGGUAUUUGGAAUGUUCGUGAAGAGAGCCUCAUACAAUAAGAUCAAAGCUCUUGAACAAAUGACCACUAAAACUGAUGAAACACUUCAAGGAAUUAAAGUAGUGCUUUCAUUUGCUUAAGAAGAAAAAGAAAUUGAAUAAUUCCGAGAAAUGGCUGAGAUUACAAAGAAUAAAUCGAUAAAAGCUGAGUACUGGACUGCCGCUUUUAUUGGAAUUUUGAAAUUUGUUAUUUUCGGAUUCUAUAGUCUUAAUCUUUGGAUAGCUACUAUAUACAUCGAUGAACAAAGAAUAAAUCCAAAUACUGCAAGAGCCGAUAUUACUUCAAGGUACAAUAAGGGAUAACAUUUUAUUCGGAAACAAAGAUGCAAGUGA